AGCGGCAUAUGUAAUCAUGUUAUUUUACGAUUGCAGUAUCCAAAAUGAUAAAUGGUUAGCAGGACAGGUGUCAAACAUUUUCUACACGUGGCAAUAAGGAGCGGUUAGGUUAAGGUUAUAUCCAAAACAAAGAAAAUCGUACUUGAUCUGCUGCAUCCAGUUACAAUCUCUGCUCUGCUUCAAUGGAGUUUAAUUCGGCUGAUGAUGUCAGCGGCACAAAGAAGGAACCAGAAACAGUUGAAGACAAGGGCUCUGGUGAUGUGAAUAUGGAAGCUUCUAAUGAUGAUGAUGUAAUGAGGGCAGGGGGCUUUGGUGCUAGAGAUGAUAUAAGCAGUUUUCUUCCGGUUGCCAGUGACUCCACCGAUUUCGAAGCGUCUUUACGCGAUGCUCGACAGUAUGAAGAGCCUCAGAAGGAUGUUUGUAGACCAGGGUUGGGAUGGAACAAGGAAGAUGUGAAGAAGAAGAAGAAGGAACAAGAUUAGCUUCUUUUGUGUGUGGAUUUUUUUUUUACUAUAAACUUGAAUGUAUGAUUGUAUGUUGAUGUGCAACAACUGCACUUUAUCCUCAUUUUCUUAUGUUUAUGUUUUGAUUCUGUGAAAGAAAAUGUUUUAUGUCAUUUGGAUAAACAUAACAAAAAUCCACCUGACCCUUUUUAACAUGUUACUUUUAUAA